UAAAGUUCAAUCUUUUUUCUUUUUUCUCUUUUCUCUUUUCUUGCAAUUUUUGAUUGUUUUCAUUUGUGGGUUCUCUUAUAUUUUACUCUUUUUGCAAUAUAUUUUGUGGGAUACUUGUUACUUGGCUCUUAUGCAUUUCAAAUUUUUAUGUGUCUGUUUAGAUUAUAAUUCACUAUAAAAAGAUGUUUUAAGAUGUUUUUCUCUUUCGUAGAACUUAAAAGAACGAAAAAGAACUAAGUUGAAUGCUUUUGAGGAUUGAUGACAUGAUGAUGAGAAAUUCAGAAAUGAAGAUUUAUGUGGUUGCUAUUUUGGGUUUAUUGAUAAUUUCUUCCACACGAAAUUGUUUCGGGUUUACUGAUCCUGGUGAUAUUUUAGCCAUAAAUAGCCUAUACGCCGCCCUCGGUUUCCCUCCUCUUCUGGGAUGGCUGCUCGCAGGAGGCGACCCAUGUUUAGAAGGUUGGCAAGGUGUUCAAUGCGUCAAUUCCAACAUAACAGGAAUAGUCCUUAACGAUGCUAAUUUGGGAGGUGAACUCGGUGAGAAUUUGGGAGCUUUUGCUUCAAUCAUACAAAUAGAUUUGAGCAAUAACCACAUUGGAGGCAAUAUUCCAUCAGAUUUGCCAAGUACCCUCAAAACCUUCUUUCUCUCUGGGAACCAACUUAAGGGAACCAUACCAGAGUCAUUGUCUACUUUAGGCCAAUUGACAGAUUUGUCUUUGAACAACAACCAUUUGAGUGGAGUCAUUCCAGAUUCCUUUCAACAACUUAUCGCAUUGAGUAAUUUGGACUUAUCUCGCAACAAUCUAAGUGGCCCUUUGCCUCCUUCAAUGGUGAACUUGUCAUCAAUUUCCACAUUGCAUUUAGAGGACAAUUAUCUCACUGGGGUACUCGAUGUAUUGCAAGAUCUUCCACUUAUUGAUUUGGAUAUCGAGAAUAACCUUUUCUCUGGGCCAAUCCCACCGAAAUUGUUGAGCAUUCCAAAUUUCAGAAACAAAGGAAACCCUUUUAAUACAACCACUAUUCCUUCGCCACCUCUCUCAUCUCCUUCACCAUCAUCGCCAUUCCCCCCUCAAACUCCGGAAACAAGCUCCGGAAUUGAAGCACUUGGACCUUCUUCUCCAAAGCUACCACAUGAUUCCGGUCAACAAAAGUCAAUAUUUAGCAAUAAAGUUGUUUGGGUUGCAAUUAGUGGAUUCUUGAUUAUUGUUUUACUUGCACUUGGAUUUUGCAUUCGUAUGUCAAAACGCCACAAAGAAAAGUCAAGUAUCAAAGUUAGUGAUCAUAUAAAGUCUUCCUCAAAUCCACCUCAUCUUAAAGAGAAUGAGGCUCAAAGGAAUGAUAAUGGAAGAAAUAACUUAUUGCCAAUAUCCAAUGUGAAAGAAAAGAAAAAGGAAACCAUUUCCAAGAAUCCAACACCUCAUCAACUUCUUUCAAGAGAAAGUGUCAUUGUAAAAUCAUUGGUGAUUCCAACAAACACAAAUGGGAACACUUCAAGAAACAUAAAUUCUCCCAAAUCUUUCUCAAUUGCUUCUCUUCAACAAUAUACAAAUAGCUUUUCUCAAGAAAAUCUUAUUGGUAGAGGCGUACUUGGCCCAGUUUACAAAGCCCAACUCCCUAAUGGAAAGGUAUUUGUAGUAAGAAAAUUGGAGAAUAUAUCUUUGAGGCAAUGGAGUGAUGAAGAUUUCAUGGGUAUGGUGUCGAAUGUCUCAAAACUUCAAAAUGAAAAUAUAGUUGGACUCGAAGGUUAUUGUGUAGAACAUGGACAAAGGCUUUUUGUCUAUGAAUAUUGUAAAAACGGGACGUUACAUGAAGCAUUGCAUCUUGAUGAUGAGAUUCAUGAAAAACUUUCAUGGAAUGCUCGUGUACAUUUGGCACUUCAAGCAGCAAAAGCAUUGGAGUAUUUGCAUGAGGUUUGUCAACCGAUUGUUGCACAUAAAAACUUCAAGUCAACAAAUAUUCUUCUUGAUGAAGAGCUUAAUGUACGUGUUUCGGAUUGUGGUUUGGCCCCACUACUACCAUCAGGCCACAUUAGUAAGCUGCAAGCUUCGGGAUACGGUGCCCCGGAAUUGGAAUCAGGAACUUAUACUUAUCAAAGUGAUGUUUAUAGCUUCGGAAUUGUGAUGUUGGAACUUCUCACGGGUCGAAAAGCUCAUGACAGGACAAAACCUCGUGGGGAGCAAUUUUUAGUAAGAUGGGCAGUUCCUCGUCUUCAUGAUAUCGAAGCCUUAUCAAGAAUGGUUGACCCAUCUCUUGAUGCCACGUAUACAUCCAAGUCUUUAUCUCGAUUUGCAGAUAUUAUUUCUCUUUGUGUUCAGGUUAGUAUCUAGAACGGGCUAUAGAAAAUAAUUUUUGUAGGCCGAACCAGAGUUUAGACCACCAAUGUCAGAAAUUGUACAAAAUCUCUUGCAAAUGACCAAGAUGAACCAUUGAAUUUUCGAAUUGAUGUUUCUUAAGGUUGUUGCCUUGUUGGUGUGCUAAAUUCUUCAUAGAAUUUAGCUAAUCUUGUCUUGAUUCGAUUUGUUAGUUAAAUUUGUUGGUUGUGUUUGUGUAAAAAAUAUAUGCUUUGGGUUUAUUAUGAUGAUGGUGGAUAUUUGAUUGUGGGGGGACUAGCGAAUGGCGAUGCACUGGUGGUGGUUGGUCAUAUGGUUGUAGUUCAUUCAUUGGAUGGGUGUAAGAUUUUUCUUUAAUGACUAAAUACCUUUCUUGAUUUAGUGUCUAUCUGAGAACUAAGAAGUUUUGUUGUGAAUCUGGUAUAAACUUAGAUUUGGUUGUGGAGUAUAUAGAAUUGGCACUUAAGAAGUUCUUAAGAAAAA